GAUAUGCUGUCAUCACUCACCUACCCGAGUCCAGUAUGAGGAAGACAACUGCUGUUGCUAUACCUUCUUCGUCAACAAUUCCUUGUCAGACUUACAAAGGUGUAAUGGUGUCUUCAGUCUUUCAUGCUUUUCUGUUUAUUUUCUUUAUAAUUGAACUAACUGAUGCAAUAGACUGUCCCUACAAUGAAACAGAAGUAGAUAGAACAGGUCGAAGGUGUAAUCGUGAUACUUCAUCAUGUUCUGGAGAAUCUGCUAAAUCGGAUUGCAAAGGAAGACGCCGCUGUAAAUGUGAUGAUAUAUGUGGUUUCAUUUGCAUUAAAGUUUUUAAAGAUGACUAUUGCAAUAUUGAAGAUCUGGGUUCCCUCACUGUCGGACUGAGUGUAUCGUACACACGUGAGCCAGUGCGUUUUGGAACAAAUGCCACAUUUAGCUGUGCCCCUGGUUAUCAACUGUCUGACGAAUCUCUGAGUAUGAGAAAAUGUCGUGGAGAUCAACGUUGGAGUGGUGAAACACCAACAUGUGUAACAGAUGUGUCAUGUGGACCGCCACCUGCUGUGCGCAGAGCCAGACACAAUGGAAGGGAUGUAUACGGAAAUGAUCGGCUUAUCUACGGUAUUGGAGAGCGUCUUAAAUUUACCUGUUGGCAUGGUUACUAUCGAAAAGGAGGAAGUCCAUAUAUAACUUGCAAACGUGACGAGUUCAACUCUUCAGUUGCCAACUGGACUGCUGUUGAUCCAUAUCUUGAAUGUUAUCCUGUUAGUUGUGGGUUUCCUGGUAAUAUAGCCAAUGGAAAGAGAAUUGGAAAUGUGUUUACGUUUGGAAGCCAGGUUACGUUUGAAUGCAACACUGGUUACCAGCUAUCUGGUAGAUACUAUAGAACGUGUCAGGCUAAUCAGCAAUGGGAUGGUUAUGUACCAUCGUGUAAUCCAAUACAGUGCCCACGUAUAUCAACACCUGAAAACGGUGGUCUCUUUGGAUCGUCAACUACAUAUCGCAGUAGUGUCGCCAUUGAAUGUGAAGAUGGGUUUGUUGUGGCAGGAACUGAUUCGCAAUUACUUACUGUAACCUGUCAGGCCGACAAAACAUGGACUCACAGUCUACUGACAUGUGAAGCUGUGGACUGUGGAAACCCAGGCAUUCCAAUGAAUGGGAGUCGAAAUGGAGUUAACUUUGGUUACAACGGCUACAUAAUCUUUUCAUGUGAUGAUGGUUUUCGUCUAGAAGGAAGUAAAUCCAUAUAUUGUCAAGGAAAUAACAAGUGGUCUGAUCCCACUCCGAUAUGCAAAGGUCAAUGCGAACUGCCUGAGCUUGCAGACAACCUGACACCGAUUUCUGGUUACUAUCCUGGUGAUAAAGUUGAUGAAGGAUCAACCUACAUAAUCACAUGUUAUGAAGGUUACAACCUCAACUCAGCAACAAAUAUUUGGAAAUGUCUUGCCAGUGGAAAGAUGUCUUUUGUUCCAGUUUGCAUUGAAGAUCCAUGUCCUGAAUUACAAAACAUUGAUAAUGGUAGGAUAGAAUACAUGCCAACAGAUGCACAAGGUGGUUUCUAUAUGCCUGGUACAAUUGCAACUUAUUAUUGUGAUGAAGGAUAUGAACUUACCAAGGACUAUCAACAACGCACAUGUGUACGAGGAAGUUUCACACGAGAAAGUCCAACAUGCACAAUAACAACGUGUGAUGUUCCUGCAAUUUUAAAUGGAAAUGUUGUUGGGAGCUUCCCUGGAGCAGUGAACCAUGGGGUGAUGGUUAAUUACACAUGUGAUGAAGGAUAUCACUGGGAAGGCUCUCCACUGCUGUGUUGGAACAAAACAUUUACUCCCACUCAUCCUUUGUGCCUUGAAGAUCCGUGUUCCAUGGUGUCAGAAAUUAGCAAUGGUGUGGUGGAAUAUGAUACAAUGGAGGAUGGUAACGGAAUGUUCCUACCUGGGACCAGUGUCACUUAUCAGUGUUUGGAAGGAUACAAGCUUAGUGAUGAGAGUCUUCAGAUAAGGAAUUGCAGAAAGGGAAUAUUUUCAGGCAGAUCACCUGCUUGCUUGUUAACAAAAUGUGAUAUCCCCAUUACUUCUAAUGGAAAGGUCAAUGCGAGUACUGUCUACCAUGGAAUGCUUGUUAAUUUCACUUGUCAUUUUGGAUACGAAACUGAAAAUGAAUUUACUGCAAUUUUGUGUUGGAAUGAAAUGCUAACACCACCUGUUCCAAAAUGCACAGAAAAGCCAUGUCAGGUGAUACCAAGAAAUAUUAGCAUUAACUAUGACAAAGAUGAGAACGCUGAUGGUACCUUUCCUCCCGGCACAAGAGCAUUAUGGCAGACUACAGAAAUAGGACUUAAAACUUCCAGAAUCUGUAAGAUGAAUUCCACCUGUCAUCUAGGGCUGUUUGACAUUAAAACUGAAUGUAUAACAACCUGUCCACAUUAUGAAGUAGCGAAUGCAGUUGUGCUAUACAGCAAAAAUGAAAUACACGUGGAGCCAACGUCAAUAUUACAUGGAGUCCAAAGGGAUGUAAUAUGUAGAAACCCUUUUGUGAUGGUAAAUGUUGAUCUCCGAAAAAGUUACUGCCAGAAUAACAGCCAAUGGUCAAAAAGAACACCAUCAUGCAUAAAUGUGUGUGUUACACUGCCACCACCAAUGAAUGGCAGCCAUACAUCGGAUACACAAGUAGGUAGUAAAAUUACUUACCAAACUGUUAUUACUACAUGUAGUCCCAAAUACAUGUUAAUAGGAGAACCAAUGAACAAGUGUAAAUCUACGGUAGUACAGCAACCACAGUGCCUAGCAGAGAGUGAGUAUCAAGAUGGUAGAUAUUGUCCGUUACUAAAUAACAAGGAGUUUGGAUGGUACACAUAUUCUGACAGCUUGCGUGAGGGCAGCAUUGUGCGUUUUGCUUGUACACAUGGGUAUGUGUCAACCAUUUCUACUUUCUCGAGGGAAUGUAGAAAAAUGGAAAACAGCUCAGCUGGGUAUGACUGGUUUCCAAGGAUUGAAGUUGAGCCCGAGUGUAAUGAACCAAAUAGAAAGUGUUUAAAUAAAAUCCUUUAUGAAGAAAAUAUGGGAAGUAUUUCUGCUUCAUCAUUUCUGGAGAAAGAGCCUGCGUACAGUUUGAGUAAUGCAGUUGAUUGGAGGCCUAAUCGGAAAAAUGACAAAAAACCCUGGCUUCAAAUACAAUACAACAACAUUCAAACACUUUAUGGUGUUGUACUAAAGUCAAGCAAAAGAGCAUGGGUAACUUCAUACCAUGUAAAAUACAGAAAGGAAAUGGAAAAAGGAUCAUGGAACGUUGUCCAGAAUGACCUUGGCAGGGAUAUGAAAUUUGUGGGUAAUAUCAAUAGAAGGAUGGCUGUGGUCCAGGCAUUUCCACAUGAAAUUAAAGCUGUUGCUUUGAGGGUCUAUCCGCUUGAAUGGUUUUCCAGUAUAAACAUGAGAAUUGGAGUAUUCGAUUGCCAGAUUAAAAUACUAGAUGCUACCAGUACAACAGUGUCAUCAGCAUAUGAAUCCACGACUUCAGAGCCAACAUCUUCAACAGAAAAUCGCUUUGAUCAGGCUACCAGUACUAAAGUGCCAUCAGCAUAUGGAUCCACUACUUUAGAGCCAACAUCUUCAACAGAAAGUCGCUUUGAUCAUGCUACCAGUACUACAGUGUCAUCGGCAUAUGAAUCCACGAUUUUAGAGCCAACAUCUUCAACAGAAAUUCGCUUUGAUCGAUCCACGACUUCAGAGCCAACAUCUUCAACAGAAAGUCGCUUUGUUCAUGCUACCAGUACUAAAGUGUCAUCAGCAUAUGACAUACCUUUAGUAACCAUGAUGAUAGAGGUAACAGAGAUUAUAGAGGGAACAGAAGGAAGGGGUUACAAGUAAUUCUACUACAAGUGAUACCAGGGAUGGAGUAUGAGCUGUUGAAUUUGAAGAACUUAUGGAAAUCAAGCUUGCUUGAAGAUUCAACUUUUACAUUCUAUUUUAAUCUUAAGUAUUACCAUGGUAAACACAUACAGUAGUAAUGUUUGUAUACAAUCAUAAUUAUUGUUUACAAAUGUAUGCACAUUUAUCAUUUGUCCAAAUAAAUAUCAACCAUAAUCAUUAUGUCUUAAAGCGGAGGUGGAGAAUUUGUUAAAAAAAUAUGUAGCAUGACCAGUUACUGUACACACAAAUUUCUGCAAAGAUAAUCUCAAGACUACUUGUUAUUUUUUAUUUCCUCUACAUUCACCAUUGAAGAGGUGCCCUUUUGAAAGUGUAUGUAAAAAUUUCUAGAGUAGCAUUUCUGGGAAUCUAAGGAUCAAGGUAAUGAAAAAUAAUACUUCGUAACAACUGUCAUUGGUGAAAACUCCUAGAAUAAAUUAAAAAAGGCAGCUGGUCUAUAAGAAAUAAGAACGAGUCUAAAAAAGUAUAAUGUUGUUGUUGGUUUUUUUUUUGUUUCUCCAUAAAAAUACCAAAAUAAAUAGUGGAAUGGAAAGAGAUAGCAAUUCAUAAAUAAAAACCCAAUUGAAAAGACUUCACAUAGGCCUAAG